ACUGUUCGUUAACGGUACCAUCGGCAGCGAGCAAUAUUUUCGGCCGGCACUAGAUCGGUUCUGCGUGCCGUCCGAUUAAUACGGUUUAGAAAAAAAAACUGCCGUCCGUUCCGUUUUUUUUUUCGGUGAGUUGGUCGAAGGAGCGCAUUAUCGUCAAAGAUAUGACCUUCGACAUGGCCAUUAAGAUAAUCUUCGGCUAUAGUCAGCAGAUAACAGUCGACUGAAUCAGUCCUUGUCGAAAUGUUCCCCGAACGUCACUGCAAUUCGGUACUGUGCACCCUUUUCUUCUGGGUUGCGACCCUCUGUUCGGGUUUCGUCCUUAUGUCGUCGGCCGCCGGCGAAACCGGGGACAUUCGAAAAGUAUUCGCCCUGGGAACGGCUCUCGAAUACGAGUGGAAGUCGAAAAUUUCGCUGAGCCAGCGUACCGGCGACGAAAACGACGUCGGGUUCCUUUUUACCGGGAGGCUCGUCGUAGAGAACGUCUGGGAGGACGACAGAAUAAAAAUUUUGAAACUGCAGCUGCGGUCGCUCAAGCUGCACGUCAAAUCCCGGAAGGCUGCGCCUCUCGACGACUUCCUGCCGCAUCCUUCCGUCCUCGACCAGCACCCGGACCGGCCAUUUUUCGUCACGUGGUCCGGCGGACGGGUGCGGAACAUUUACUUCACCGCCGACGAGCCUACCGUUCUGAAAAACCUCAAAAAGGGUGUGGCCGGGUUGUUGCAGUUCCAGCUAGACCCUGGAGAAACCGUCGAGGAAGACGCCUCUGGUCGCUGCGCGACAUCCUACGCCCGGAUCUCCGCGACGAAGCUUUCCAAAACCAAAUCAGACUGUUCCGACACCGAUUUGGAUAGUUUCCUACACCUAGACCCCACCUUAGGAGUCAAGGUCGUUUCCCGGAGGGUCGUGGAGUAUUCGCUGGAGGAACCUUCCUUCCGGCUGCUCGCCGUCAACGAAUCGGAGUCUCACAAGAUGGCGGCGAGCGCCAACGCAGUCUUGGGCGGGACGGUGGAGUCGACUCAGUCGUUGGUGCUCUCCAAGAGCAGCAAAUGCGGUACCAUCGAAGCCACCGACGCAAGGAACGCGAUAGAUAAAUUAGGAGCGAACGAGGAAACCCUGAGGACACAAACGGAGACCGAAACGCGGGAAAACUCUGGAAAAUUCUCAAAGGAGGUGGACCGACAAAGGAACCAUUUGAGGACCGAGGUUCUGGGUACCGUUACGACCGCUAAUGCGUUUCUUCGAUUGUUAGCGUCAGCCAAGGAGGCUACCAAGGAUGACAUCGUCAAAACGUUGAGCUCCAAGAAGAACAAACACGUCCUGCCUCAGCUCGUGGACAUUCUGGGCCACGCCCAUACGGAGGCGUCGCAUCGGGCGACGAUGAAGACGCUGCAUUUGGACAGGGAAGAACAGACCGACCUCGUAGAGCGGUACCUGUGGGCGUUAUCCCUGUCGCCGCACGUCAAUGUCGAUAUCCUCGAGGAUUUAGUGGAUAAAUUCAGGAAAUACUCUUUCAUCCCCGAGAAGAUAAAGAAGACGCUAGUUCUGAGCAUCGCGUCGAUGGCAAGGACGGCGAAGUCCUCCAAGAACUCUUUCAAGGUCGUGAAAGCGGUAGAAGAGACGAUCACCAACGAGCUCGACUACGCCAAAGAGGAAGACCGUCACGUGUACUUCGCUGCGCUGAAGAACCUGCGGUCGCCCAGUUCCGUCGCCACUCUGACCCGUUACAUCGAAAACGGAACCUCGAAAGAAGAGUAUUGGGCGUGGAAAGCUUUGCGCUCUUUCAACAAAUCCUCAUGGAACGCGGAGGUGCUGCGGUUGGCGGAAAUGGCGGUUUUCCAGGUUGCAAAAAAGCGCGAUUCCAGCUCUAGGACGAUAGCGGUCGACAUCAUCCUCGCGUCCGCCGUUUCCGACGAGAAACUCGCCGACCUGCUCAGUUUCGUCGUCAGCGACGAUCCUGACUUCGAAGUCAAGCAAUACGUCUUCCAAAGCUUGAAGAUGCUGGCCGAUAAAGACGAUAGGGUCGCGUUGUUAACGAAGAACAACCAACUGCUGCACAACUACCACGGCCUAGCACCGAGAGGCCUCUCGACCGCUUUGAGGAGGAACGUCUUCAAGGGAUCGUCUUCAGAGGGCCACAUCGUAUCCGUCCAGGAGAUCAAAGACGGGAUAGUCAAGAGAGGUAACGUCCAGGUACUGCUGGAGACGGAACACUUCGCCAACGAGCUGUUCGACCUGGGGAUAUUUUCGAGCGGUCUUGGUGCUUUCGUGUCCGACGGAGACGGCGACGAGGAAGCGGAAGACGAACCUACCACCGCGGGCAUGGAGCUGACAGUGUUAGGUACCCAAAUAAGGCCGUUCGUGUUCUUUGCCGGCCAAGGGGAGCUGAUGGGACACGUGUGGUCCGGUAGCGCGUCGGAAAUGACCCCCGCUUUCCAGUCCACGAUAUUGGUGCAAGAUCAUUCCGAGUUGGUGAGGCUGGGUUCGGGUUUCGUAGCGAAACUCGGUUUCAAAGGAGCCGCGUCUCUGGAUUUGUCCGGGAAAAUCGAAAUAUCUUUGUGGAGCAGGAACGCCCAGUCUCUAAUAGAAAAAUCGGUUGGCUACCUGGGGAAAGGCACGGUGGAGGUGGUGUCGCCGGUGGCGAGGUCAUCGGUGGAGUUUAGCGCUUCGGUGGAGCCUAAGCUGUCGCUCAACAUAGACGCGGAUUUCUCGUCGAAGGUGAAACUCUGCGUGAGACUAGCUCAACCGGAAUCGGUGUUUAGCCACGCGGUCGUCAAAACGGAGCGGGUGGAGGGUAGCAAGCACAGGGUUAGGUUAGGUGGUAAGAGAGUGACGAGACAUCCGGGCAAAACGUACGCGCUGAACCGGAAAAAUAACGAAAUGUGCGGCGCCAUUUUUAGCUGAUUUGUGUAAUUUUUUCUCCUGUAAAUAAAUACGCUUUUGUGAUACUG